GGAUCAGCAACUGCCUCAACGAACACUGUCACAUCUUCCUCACCUCUCACCUCGAAACCGUCAACGCAUACUCCAACACGAUUUCAGAAGAAAUCUGAGGCAAAACGACGACUCUCCAAUGUCAAAACGUCGACGACAUCGAUAAACAGUCAGGAAGGUUUUGCAGAGGCGCAACCAUUGAAAAGAAGUGAGUUGAUACCUUUCAUUGUAUCUUAG